AUUAUCAUCAAAAGCUUUGCAUAAAUUAGAAUAUCACAAACAGUCUCAGCAAAAGUAUAAAGACCAGAAAAAACAGAAGCUUCAGCUAAUAGAAAGACAGCUUAAAGAAGCAGAUCUCAAUACGCAGCUUGUUAGGCCAACUGGUCACCCAAGUUUAGAAGAACAACAGCCAGGUUUAUUAGAAGCUAUUGUUCAAAUUGUUUUUCCGGAUAGGCAGGCUAAUGAAAGACGGCCGUAUCUUAGGCUUAUUCCAAAAUGGUAUAGUACUGAAGAAGGAAAGCGACAUGUUAAAACUGUGCCAGUAAAGCUUCUAAGAUCGCAAAACACAGCAAGAAGAAGUCAUGAAGAUACUCAUUUUUGCGCUGCUUUGAUAAGAAAUAUAAAAGAAAUGGUAUUGUUAUUAGGUUCCAAGAAUGCUUUAGUAAUCUCUCAAAAUAAUAAAGCACAAAUACCUCUUGGUUUAGCCGCGGCCAACAAACAAGGUAAGUAUGGGCAAGCUGAAGCAGUAACAUAUUCGGGUCUAACAUUUAUAAGGAUCCAUAGUGGUAAACACGAUAGCAGUACUGCUUAUUCUCAUGGUAAAGAUUUUGAUGACUUGAUAAAUGAGGAGAAAUUGCAUAACUACACUACAACAAACAAACAGCCUAAACCUGUAGUGGUGCUGAUAAGUGACGGUGGUCCCAAUGAGAACUCUAGAUAUAGAAAAACAAUUCAAAUGAUGAUCGAACAUUUUGAUAAAUAUAAUCUUGAUACCAUAAUUGUGCUAAAAACAAAUGAUGAAGAGUUAGAAAAGCAUAAUUUUAAAGCAGCUGCAGAUAUUUUAACAUCAAUAUGGGAAGAUACAAUUAUAAAUAACUACCCAGUUCUUGUUAAGUAUAUAGAUUCUCCUAAUAAACAUUAUAGCCCAAGUGAAAAGUCAGCAACUUGGAUUGAGAAACAUGUAAUGACUUGUCGUUAUGUUACCCAAGUUGUGAAAUGUGAUGAUCCAAGCCUUUUCAUAAACUUUAAAAACUAUACUAGAAAAUGUUCGCGUAAGGAAUCUAAUUUAUCUGUAGAGGCUGCUUUGGAUACUCAAGAAUUCCUAGUGGUGUAUGUUCACAACUAUCGUCAUGGUGAAUUCUUAGUCAGUAACGAAAGUAGUGAGACUAUGUGGGUGGAAGAAGAGGCAGUACCAGAAGAUGUGUUAGAAGCCUAUAAUCAGCAAGUACAAGUUCAAGAAGAAUUGGUUGCAGAUAAAGUGUUAAUAGUUAACUGGGAUACUUGGAAAGAAUGCGAGUAG